GAUCGUUCUGGCCGGGAGUCUUUCUUGAUGUCCCACUGUGUUGACACAUUGGAUUUGUCUGGCCGGCAUGAAAACAAAACAGAAAUAGUACGCUGAAGGGUUUGACAAACAGGUCUGACUGGUCGAGGGAGUGAGCUUUUGGAACCAUAGGACUGUUCACCAAACAGUCCUAUGGUUGGAGUCAGAAUAGCUGUUGAAUAUCCAACUUGGAACCAUCCUUCACCUUGGUCCACUUCCUGUACAAAGAACUAAACGAUGGCUCAUGGCCGGGUGGUCCUGGACAGAGACCAGUUCAACUGCUCGGUGUGCCUGGAUGUCCUGAAGGAUCCAGUGACCAUUCCAUGCGGCCAUAGUUACUGCUCCGACUGCAUCCGCCUCUGCUGGGACCAACAAAACAAAUCGGGGGCCUUCAAGUGCCCUCAAUGUCGACAGGCUUUCAACCCCAGGCCGGAGCUCUGCCGAAACACCUUACUGGCUGACUUGUUGGAAGGACUUACGCAAAGUGGACCACAGAAGGCGGGUCAAAGUCCGGCAAAGAGGGAGUACAAGGUGGUCAGUCAGGCCAUGCGACAAGUAUUGUAUAAAUUAGACCCGGAUGACCAGAAAUGUAUUCAGGAUGAGUUGGAUUCCAAGGAUGAAACGACAAGGGUCUACAGAAUGGCUUUUCUCAGAAUGGAGAAGAAGCAACUUGAGGGGCAGAAGAAGCAGAUAGAGAAGACGCUGGUUGAAGACCAGAACAUGUUGGAACAGACCAAGGAGAAGGCAAGGGAGAUGGUGGAACAGUCGAGGAAAGUGUUGAAUAGGAACAAGGAGAAGAAGAAGGUUUGGAUUAGUUUGGGCCAGGCUGCACUGGACAAAGACCAGAAGGAGCUCGACAAGAUCAUGGAGAAGUUGAAGGACAACGACCAGGAGUAUGAAGAGCUGAUGCAAGACCGCCUUGAGGAUCUCCAUGCAUGGGUUGGGAGUGUUGCUACAAGUUGUUUCUAGCAGUCUGGCGAGGGACCAGUCUCCAAGGGACCAGGAUGAGCCGGUCCCAGAAAAGAAGACUAAGGACACUUUAUAAAGUCGUAGGUUUAGCAGACAUCUCUCCGGUCUGUGCUCAUUUAUUCUUUCUCAGUCUACACUUUAGAAUUUGCUACUGUCUCCUAUUUAGAUUCUAGACCUACACCAUACUUGCCAACCCUCCCGGAUUUUCCGGGAGACUCCCGAAAUUCAGCGCCUCUCCCGAAAACCUCCCAGGACAAAUUUUCUCCCGAAAUUCAGUAUACCGUAUUUUCCGCACUAUAAGGCGCACCUAAAAACCACACAUUUUCUCAAAAGCUGACAGUGCGCCUUAUAACCCGGUGCGCUUUAUAUAUGGAUUAAUAUUAAGAUUCAUUUUCAUAAAGUUUCGGUCUCGCAACUACGGUAAACAGCCGCCAUCUU